AUGAGAUCGGUGAAACAUGGAAGAAGAAAAUGUCGCCGACGAAUUAAUUACAGUAAAAAUUCAGCUGCUGCAAAAAAGAAGGCAAUGAAAAGACGAAAAGCUAUGGAUGGCAUAACAUGUAAACAGAUGCGGAUAGCUUGGGACAAGAAUUCUACAAUCAAGCAGAAUAUGAAAGCAAUGGGACUUGCUUAUGACUCAAAUAAAUUGUUUCCUUUGGAGCAAAGCAUUAGCAAGCACUGUGAAGAAAUGGAGAUUGACGAACUAAAACCAUACGGUUCGAUUAAAUCCCAGAUGCUGAAGACCAAAUCAACUGUCAAUAAGUCGAAGAUUGCGAAAGUGAUUACUGCUUUGGAAAAAGAAGCUGAGGAAGAAAAAAUAAAGCAAAAAAAAGGACGCAGCUAUCGUUUGCUUGCUCGAGAUAUUGAAUUUUGUAUUUACAUGAUCGAGAAACAUGGUGGUGAUUAUGAGAAAAUGAGUCGUGAUGCAAGGAAUAUUUAUCAGGAUACAUCGAAACAAAUAGAGCGAAAAAUUCGUAUCUUCACGCAAAGUCCAGAAUAUUCAAAGUAUCUAAAAAUCACAUCACAGAUGGCAUAA